AUAUGGUUUUCGUAUCAUAUUUAAUUUCUUAUUACAUAAUCAUAUAUAUACCACAGCCAUUUGUAUAAAUUAAGUGUAUAGUUUAAUUUACUCUGUUUUCUGUUUUAUAUCGAAUAAAAUUUCUGAGUAAUGUCAUCUCAGUCAAGAAUUAGAGUAGCCAUUAUUGGGGCAGGGCCGGUUGGAUCACUCUGUGCAUGUUUUUUGGCUGAACACGGAUACGAUAUAACUGUGUAUGAAAGUCGAAAAGAUAUACGAUUAAUGGUAACAUCAGUUGGACGAUCAAUAAAUUUAGCACUCUCAGAAAGGGGUGUAAAAGCGUUACGUUUUGUUGGUCUUGAUAAUGUUGUAAUCGAAGAGCUCACAGAACCUAUGUCUGGAAGAAUGAUUCAUGCAAACGAUGGAAAAUUAUUCAGUAUACCAUAUGAUGUACUCCAAAAUAAAUGUCUAUAUUCAGUUAGUAGGAAAGAGCUCAACAAACUAUUACUUACAAAACUUGAAAAGUACUCCAACAUUAAAUUGAAAUUUUCUCAUAAAUUGAUCAAUGUAAAUUUUACAAAUGGGUCAUUAUCAUUUGAAAACUCAGAAAAUCAAAGUAAAAGAAUCGUAAAGCAUGAUUUGAUUAUAGGGUGCGAUGGUGCUCAUUCCACUCUUCGAACUCAUAUGUCACAUUUACCAAUGUUUAACUUUUCACAGAACUAUAUCGAUCAUAGUUAUAUGGAGAUUAUUUUGAAAUAUGACGGAAACAAUAAAACACUAAUUUCUAAUCAUCUUCAUAUUUGGCCAAGAGGAACUUUUAUGUUAAUAGCAUUACCAAAUAAAGAUAAAUCGUGGACUUGUACAUUGUUCAUGCCGAACAAAAAUUUUUCGUCUCUUUUAGAUCCAAGCAAAAAAGAUGCAAUUCAUUCAUUUUUUGUUGAAUAUUUCAAAGAUUUUACUGAAUUCAUUUCAAUUGAUGAUUUAAUAGAUCAAAUUAAGUCUAUUAAACCACAACCAUUAAUUUCGAUUAAAUGCAACCCUUACCAUUAUAGUGACAAAUUUCUUUUGAUGGGUGAUGCCGCACAUGCUAUUGUUCCUUUUUUUGGCCAAGGUAUGAACGCUGGGUUUGAAGACUGCACAGUUUUAAAUCAACUUCUUGAAGAAUAUGAUCACGAUUUAAAAAUGAUUAUCAAAUCAUUUUCUGUAAAAAGAAUUAGAGAUGCUGAAGCUAUUAGUGAUAUGGCAUUUUACAACUACAUUGAGAUGCGAGAUUUAGUGACUAGAAGAACGUUUUUAUGGCGAAAAAAAAUUGAUAAUGUUUUAUUUAAACUAUUUCCUGAAGUUUGGAUACCUUUAUAUAAUUCAGUUACAUUUACGUCUAUUCCUUACAGUCAAUGCAAACUUCAAAGUGAAUGGCAGGAUAAGGUUCUAUUGAAGAUAUUUCUUUUCUUCAUACUUCUUUUGACAUCUAUUUUUGUUUUAUGUAUUUUACAACUAAUCAAAUAAAAAAUAACUUUAUCACCUCUAAUUAUAUAAUUUUAUAUAGCUUUAUAAGUUUUGUAUUAA